ACGGACGCAUACACUCAUGUGCGGGAAAACAAUUGAAGAAAAUACGGUCGUGUAAUCAAAUGUUGUAUUGUGCAUUCACGCAAAAAUUCCGCAUAAAUCGAUGUACAUGUGUGAAAAAAUGCGACAAUAUCAUCUCAUAACGUUAUGUUGUAUAGCAGAAAACUAUCUGUGUGAACUGUGAAGUGAAUUGAGCGCGCGAGCGAGUAGCCAGCCAGCCAGUCACAUGCGCACAAUUUGUACCGCACCAUGCUGCACCACACAAGGCACCACAUCCAACUAUACAGCCACUAGCCAUGUCAGCCAGUCAGCCAGCCAGCCAGACAGCCAACAACGAGCGCAAGCUAGAUUCAAUUUUAAUGUUAAGAUGGUUUUGCUUUUGCCUUUGACGUUUCUUCGCAAUUGCUUUGCUACAUUGCGAAUGCGAAUGCGACUGCGAAUCAAGCAAAGUAAUACCGAAUACCGCUGGCUGGCUGGCUAACUGCUAACUGCUACUACCAAACUUCAGAAAAACACCACCAUCCGAUAUCGGUGAUCGGAUCCCCGAUCAACUCACCGUCACCACUCACCAGCACCAUACUCGACUCACUGUGUGAGUAGAGACGCUAGAGAGUAUCUGAAUCUGAGUUCUGAGUAUCGCAUAGUUUUCGAUUUCGAGCGACUCGUUAGUUUUCGGUCGUUUUCUUGUGCUUUAUGUGUGUAUUGCUCUCUUUCGCUCUACCUGUUAUCGAUGUAUGGGUUUGGGUAUGCGGUAUAUGCCCGCCCGUAUAGCCGUAUGCGCAUCGCUUACAAGAGACCUGAGAGCAGCACUCGUUGUCGCAGUCGAUCCGAUCGUCGUCGUCGUCGUCUUCGAUCCUCCAAUCUUGCUCUGCCUCUGACUAUAGAAAAAGAGUUUUCAUCAGUUUUUCGUUUAUUUAUUCAACGACCGAUCUCGCGUGUGGACACUAUUUUCCAAAACGCUGUUCUAAGCCCUCAGCUUACCAAACACUUCAAAACAAAAAAUUUAUAGAAAAUUUCUUCGAUUAUAAAGUAUCUAUUAAAUAUAUCUUGCCGCAUUCUAUCUAUACCUAUCUAUCUAUCAUACAUACCUUCAUACAUAUAUAGAGAGUUUAAAUUAUUGCACCGAACAAUGUGUGAUUAAUUUACAAAAAAUUUGAAAUUUAUGCGUUAUGUGUAUUUUGAAAAAAAAUUUAAGUGAGAAAAUUAAGUGAGUUUGCAAGAAGAAGAAAAAUUAAAAGAAAACAAGUGAUAAAUAUUUAAUUUAACAACAGUGCAUGAUUGAAUUAAGAAAAUAUAAAAAAAUAAUAACAAAAUAAAAGUUUAAACAACACAAAACAAAAUACCGGAGAUUUAAAAUUCGCACAUAAAGUGAAAAUAUGGCAUUGUUGCUCAAUUUAUUGGGAACAUUCAAAGUAGUGUUUCUACUUUUGAGUGUUUUUCUAGCAACAAUCAAUGCCCGACGACACUCCCCAUUGCUGGUCGAAGAUCCAGAAGCAAGACGUCCAAGUCGACAAGGAGCUGAAUGUCAAUUUGGAAAAACACUUCAUGAACUCGGUUCAACUUGGUGGGCAGAUUUGGGACCACCCUUUGGAGUUAUGUACUGCAUAAAAUGCGAAUGCGUAGCAGUCCCAAAGAAGCGCCGGAUUGUCGCUCGAGUACAAUGCCGAAAUAUUAAAAAUGAAUGUCCACCGGCAAAUUGUGAUGACCCAAUUUUAUUACCAGGCAAAUGUUGCAAAGCAUGUCCAGGAGAAUCUAUUGAUCCGGAAAUAGCCUUAGAUGUCCCAAUGCCGGUGAAUAAUGAGGAGGAGGAACGCAACAUGAAACAUUUUGCAGCCUUGUUAACUGGAAGGACUUCAUAUUUCCUUAAAGGCGAAGAAAUGAAAGCCAUGUACUCAACACAUAAUCCACAAAAUGUCGUUGCAACUGGACGAUUUUUGUUCCACAAGAAGAAUCUUUAUUAUUCGUUUUAUGUUUCGAGCAAAAUAACCAGACCACGUGCCAUUCAAUUUGUAGACGACUCUGGUACCAUACUCGAGGAGCAUAAUCUAACGACACCAUUAAACGGACCGUUGAGUGUUUAUCAGAAUACGACAGGAAAGAUUUGUGGUGUUUGGCGUCGUGUACCGCGUGACUAUAAGCGUUUGUUGCGCGACGAACGUUUGCAUGUUGUAUUGCUGUGGGGCAGCAAGUUCCAGGCUGAAUUGGCAUUAGCAGGAAAAGUUGCUAAGUAUACGGCACUUCAAACAGAGUUGUUUAGUACAUUGAUAGAACCGGCGCCAGGAACUAAGUCAGAUCAAAUGGCUGGAGCAGGUGGUACAGCAAUUGUUUCAACAAGCAGUGGAGUUGCGUCAUCCGUUCACUUGACACUGGUUUUCAAUGGGGUAUUUAGUCCCGAGGAGUAUGUCGAUGCACCGAUAAGCAUUCGAAUUGAGUCAUCCGAACGCAAAGAGAUUAUACUGGACGAAGUGCAGAAAGUACGCAAACCGUCGGCUGAGGUUAAUGUGUUGGAGUUGUCGUCACCCAUUUCUAUUCAAAACCUUCGUUUACUCAGCCGCGGUAAACUGGUCUUGAUAGUUGAAUCGAAGAAGAAUCCCAAUUUGAAGCUCCAGGGCCAAAUCGUUACUCGUGCAACCUGCGAGCUCUUCCAGACUCUCUUGGCACCACACAGUUAUGAGUCUAAGGCGAAAGCCAGUGGCCUAGCCUGGGUAUACAUGAACACAGACGGAACUAUGGCUUACAACAUCCUGACGGAUCACUUGAAUGCCAAGGAACGACCGGAAAUCAGUUUAAUUGAAGACAUUGGCAAAAGGAAGACUGUCCUCGAGGAUCUGACGCAAUCGUUUAACUUUGACCAGGCCAUCGGAACAAUUGACAAAAUCAGUCCAAAAAUAAUUGAAUCGCUGUAUGGUGGAGAACUGGGAGUAAAUAUUGCAAUUGAAAGCGAUGCGAAUCUGAUCAGGGGUCGAUUGACACCACGUCCAGUAGCCGAUGCCCGUGACUCAGCGGAACCAAUUCUGCUUAAGCGACAAGACACCUCCAGUCCAGCUCACCUCAUGGGAAUGGCAUGGAUAGCCAUUGACAACGAUUGUAACCUGCACUACGAGGUCACCGUGAAUGGAUAUUUCACAAAUCAACAGGAAUUCCAAAUCUACCUGGAAGAGAAACCAAUUGAGGCAAUUGGCGCACCCAUCACACGCAAGAUGCUCGAAGAAUUCAGUGGUCCUUAUAUGGAGGGCUACGUGCUGGGUAUGGCAGCAAAUGAGCUAAUAAAACUGGAAACAAGCGUGUGUUAUUUGGAAAUCUAUUCAAAGGAACGACAGGAGCUCCUGCUGCGUGGCAAACUCAAAUCGACAAAGGUGCCAAGCCAUUGUUUCCCUUCGUACACCGACAACAAUGUGCCCAGUGUCAUUGUACCCGGCGAUCACAAUGGACCAAUCAUACCGGAAACGGAUACAAAAUGCUAUCAUUCGGGUCGUUUCUACGAUGAGGCCGAACAAUGGCGAAGCUUACAGGAAUCAUGCACAAUGUGUGCUUGCCAGCACGGACGUGUCACAUGCGAUGCCAUAAAAUGCCCAGUUUUGAAAUGCCGCCAGGGUGAGGAUUUGAUUUUACGUGACGGUGAAUGCUGCCCGACUUGCAUUUCGCCGAAUAUCGUUUUGCAAACAAAUAACUCCGCCGAACGUGGUUGUCGUCUGGGAGACCAAUUCCAUUUGGCAGGUGCAACAUGGCAUCCAUAUUUGCCGCCAAAUGGCUUCGAUACGUGUGCAACUUGUACGUGUGAUCCACUCACUCUGGAAAUUCGCUGUCCACGAAUGGCUUGUCCAGCAUUAACAUGUCCCGAGAAGCUGGCAUAUCGACCCAACAAGAAAGCGUGUUGCAAGGUGUGUCCCGAGGGAAAGACAACACAACAUGGCGACAAGUCCGGUCCAAUAAAUCAGAAUAUCCUACAGGAUCAAGCAUCACCAGGAUCGGCAGUUAAAUCCACUGAAGAGAUCCUCUCGAAUGGAGGAUGCAAAGUAGGAGCAUCGCUGCAUGAGAACGGACAGGAAUGGCAUCCAGUUGUUGUGUCGUAUGGCGAACAGAAAUGCAUCAAAUGCCGUUGCAAGGAUUCAUAUGUGUCCUGCCAAAGGAGAUGCACUCGGGCAACAUGCAACAACCGAGUCUCAUCGAAGAGAAAACCAUUCGGUGGUUCGACUGACAACGAUGAAUGUUGCUCAUCACAAUGCCGACGAUCCCGAAGACAUCAACAACACAGAAGGACGCACAGAGACCGGGAGGACAAGUCAGGCUCAGGGACCAAGACAUCAUCAGCCGUCUCUAGCCGAAGCUGAAGAACCAUAGGCUCAUUUUAAAGUUUAAUAUAAAUCUAUAUAUUCGAACAUACUUUAUUAUAUUUAUAUAUAUAAUGCACCACUAUAGUCGCACGCAAAAUACGCACACACAUUGAUACAGUUAACUACAUAAGUUAAAAAUUUAAUUUAUUUCAAAACCGAUUCUGGGAAGAAGCAAGGGUUCCUAACCUACAUAAGAGAGGGGGAUAAGGAUUGAUAAAGAAUCCUUUCCCGAAGCAUUUUUCCAGAUCAAAACUGAAAAAGAAAAAAAAACAACAAACAAAAAUAUGUCAUUCAUUCAAAAACAAAUCCCACAUGGUAACACCAGCGUCGACUGGGGGGAGGGGGAGUACAAAAGGCUUUGAUUUUCAUAUGAAUUUUUUUUUGUACUGAUGUUUACUUAAAUAGAAUUCAUAAAAUGAUACAUAGGACCAUGUAUAUAUUUAAAGAUUUGUGAGAGAUUAAAAAAAAGAAAAACAAAUUAAAGAGGGUUUGCAGCAGGACGCGACGCACAGGCGCGUACAUACAAAAUUAAUCCAACAAACCAAGGAGCAAAUUUUCUAAGAGUAUAUUUUUCUUUGUCCCACAAGAAAAAUUACAAACAAAUUAACUAAAAUGCUCGUUUCAUUGAAAUAUCAAAAAUCUAAAAUCAAAAAUCAUAAAAAGAUGAAUGUUCUAGUUACAAGUUUUGUAUUUGACUUGAAUACAUAAAUUUUCGUAUAAAAUUUCGUAUAGUCAUGGCUGAGUCAGUCAACCAAAUGAAUAUUUUAAUGGAACUGUUUGUUUUCGUUUUUCUAAAUAUUUCAACUUAAUAAAACAGAAAAACAAACAUACCUAUCCGCCAAACCGAUUAAUAAUAACAACAACAACAACAUUUAAACAAACCUAACUGACAAUGAAUAUUUUUUAGCUUUUAGUAAGUGUAUUUUGUAUUAUAGAAAAAAACAAA